AUGUCUCAAAAGUUUAAGUCCCCUUCUAUUCAAUCCAAAGUCCACCCUAAAGUACUCUACAACACUCAAGAUCUCAAUGCUAAAGUCGUCAAAGUCUUUAGUCCUUUUGAAUAUAUGCAUUAUAUUAAACGAAGACAAGAUUACUUAAAUAAGCAAUAGGAGCUUCUUGCCAACCUUUAAUUAAGCCAAGAGAAUUACGAAAAAUUGACAUUCUCUGUAAAACAAAUAGGAGUUUCUGAUGAAGAAGGCAGAGUUGGUGCACUUAGUUAAAGAAAAUAUCUCCUAAAAUCUAUGGAAUCAACUAGACUCUAAAAAUCUGAAUCCAUUUUGCAAUCAUAAACUGACAGGAUUCAAUAUUAAUUUAGAGCUAAAGCAUUACCAAUUAGUCGAAGGGAAAAAACAAGUAUGUCUUAGUAAAAAUCCAAACUUAACUUUUUAACCAUUCCUGAAAAAUCAGAAAACCACUUUGAAUUUAAGACCAGCAAUAUUGAUAAGAUUAUCAAGAGAUCAAGAUCAAAAAAGAGAUAUCUAUUAAGUCAACCAUAACCUCCAGAAGUUGCACUGGCCAAAUAAUACCAAAACUAAAAACAUUUGUCGUAUAGUCGAUAAUUGUAAGAACUAUAAGGAACAUUAGAUUUCAUUAAAUUGUUAUGA